AUCUACCAAGUGACCAUGAAGCUGCUGCUGGGAGGAUUGUGUCUGUCCUGGGCUGUGGUCCUCAGCUUCUCUUACCCCUGGAUGAAGCACAUACCAAACAUUACAGAAGAUGAGCUGAGCCAGGGACACACCCACCCCAACCAUGCAGGCUUUCCCAAUCGCUGUGAUGGUCUGGGAUUUGAUGCCAUCACCCUGGAUGAGCAAGGAGUUACCUACUUUUUCCGAGAUGCGUUUCUUUGGAGAGGGUUCCAAGCUCCUGCCCAAUUCAUCAAUGAAACCUGGUCCGGAUUACCGGAUCACAUCGAUGCAGCAUUCCGGAUGCACCAUAAAAACUCACCAGAGCAGCAUGACAGAAUGUUCUUCUUCAAGGGGAAUCAUGUCUGGCAAUACAAUGGCAAUAAACCAGAAGGCCAGUUCCUCAUUCAAGACAAAUUCCAUGGAGUUCCGGAUAAUUUGGGAGCUGCAGUCGAGUGUCCUCAGGGAGAGUGCCAACAUGAUUCUGUGCUUUUCUUCAAAGGAGAUACCACAUACCUGUUUGAUCUCAGCACCAAAACAGUGAAAGUGAGACCAUGGACAGGGACACAUCAGUGCACAGCAGCCAUGAGGUGGAUUGAUCGUAAUUACUGCUUCCAAGGGUCAAACUUCACUCGGUUCAACCCUCACACUGGCCAGGCAUUUGAGAACUACCCCAAGGAUGCUCGGAAUUACUUCAUGCGAUGUGAAGGUCGAGGCCAUGGGAACAAAACUGCAGAUCCUUCCAUUUAUAACCGUUGCAGUAACCGGUCCUUUGAUGAGUUUAAUGAAGAUGAACUCGGCAGAGUUUACGCAUUCCGAGCCAAUGUGUACUUUCGCCUGGACUCCAAAAGAGAUGGCUGGCACCCAUGGCAAAUUCAUUCUACCUGGCCAUCACUGCACGGCAAAAUCGAUGGAGUUUUCACCUGGAACAAGAAGAUCUACUUUAUCCAGGGAUCACAAUUAUUCAUUUACAAAGCUGAGGCACAGUACACCUUGAUUGAAGGCUAUCCCAAACCUAUCACAGAAGAGCUGGGAAUCUCUGGUGCAGGUGUUGAUGCAACAUUUAUAUGUCCAGGAACAUCGCUUCUCUAUGUCAUCAGGGGUAAUCGGGUGCAGAGUGUCAAUCUGGAACAGACACCCAGAGUUUUAGAUAAUGGGUUCCAGAUUGGUCAUUCCCACGUGGAUGGUGCUAUGUGUAACACUGAGGGCAUCUUCAUAUUUGUCGGCACUAAUUACUACAAGUACAGUUCAACAAAGGAGCUUGAAGCACAGACAGAGACCCCAGACCCACACAGCAUCAGUGUGGAUUUCAUGUCUUGUGUACACUGAUUGGACAGUCAGGUAGCUGGAGGGUGGGACACUUGCACUGGCUUCACCAGAAUACCAAAGGGGGAAGUUUCAGGCGGACACCUGAUCACACUGUCCUGAAUCACAGCAAUUAUCACUGCAGCCUCUCCUAAAGUGCAAAGCCUUUCUGCCGAGCUUACUGUGUACAAUAAACAACUGGACAAUUCCAAGUU